AUGAACCGACCGGAGUCCAGGGUCUCGGUUCAUCGGAAUCACCCAUCUCUGCUGGCCACAAUCCCUGAGGACUGCACCCUGCAGAUAAGGGUCGUGGGCACCGCCGCACCGUCCGUCUCAUCCCCUGCUACCUCUCCACCACCAGCCAGCCUUUGUGGCAAGCGAGGGAGGAGAGAGUCCUGGGGGUCAUCAUCGGAUGCAUCCAACCCGGAGACAGCCGUGCCCUUCACCUCUUUUCUGCAGCCGGCCACCACCGCAGUCCAGCUGCCGGCCUCCAGUCCGGUCCAGCAGCCGGCAUUCCAGCUGGCACCCUGUCUUGUCCAGCCGGCGAUCCAGCCGGCAGUCCAGCCGGCACCCAGUCCUAUCCUGCCGGCACCCUGUCUCGUCCAGCAGGUGAUUCAACCAGCCUCCCAGCCGGUGAUUCAGCCAGCGUCCCAGCCGGCCUUCCAGCUGGUGACUCAGCCGGCCUUCCAGCCGACGACUCAGCCGGCCUUUCAGGCUGUGACUCAGCCGGCGUUCCAGCCCCACUCAGCCGGUACCCAGCCCUGCCUCCAGUCCGGCACCCUGUCUGGUCCUGCCGGCACACCAGCCGGCAGCCAAGCCUGCCCCUGCCUCCGUCAAGUCCCCCCUCUGCCCCUUGGUGAACGCCUGGUGAACCCCGACACCCAGUUCACUGGUUAUCUCCUGACCGGUCUCGCGAAGGGCUUCGACCCCGGCGUCAUCAGUCUUCCAUCACACAGCUUAAUAUGCCCCAACCUCCAGUCUGCGCUCGCCGAACCUGAGUCAGUCGAUCUCCUCUUAAAAAAGGAGAUCGAUGCUAAAUUCAUUAUUGGCCCCUUCGACGCUCCCCCUUUUACUGCGUUUCGCAUCAGCCCCAUUGGCGUAGCGACACGUAAAUUUUCGGGCAAAAAGCGCCUAAUUUUCGAUCUCUCGUCACCGCACGGAUCUGCCUUUCCAAGCAUCAACAGCCUCAUUCCGAUCGAGGAAUUUUCUCUGCACUAUCAUAACAUCGAUCAAGACAUCACUUUAAUUAAAAACGCCGGUCGCGGCGCUUAGCUAGCCAAAGUCGACAUCACAUCCGCAUUUAAAGUCAUGCCCAUCCACCCAGACUUCUGGCACCUUUUCGGCAUCCGAUGGCGCAAUAAAUUUUACUUUUCUGUCCGUCUCACUUUCGGCUGCAGAAGCAGCCCAAAAAUGUUCGACAUGUUGUCAGAGGCAAUUUGCAGGAUUCUCUCUAACAAUUAUGCAAUUCCCUACCUCAUCCACCUACUAGACGAUUUUUUAAUCAUCUCAUCUCCCAAUUCGUUUCCGGCGGCGCAUCUAGCAAAAGUCCAGCAGGUUUUCGAAAAUCUCGGCGUUCCCCUCGCCCCAGACAAAACUUCAGGACCGAGCACGUCCAUCGAAUUUCUCGGAAUUAAAUUAGACUCGCUUAAAUUCCAGGCUUCUCUGCCAAAAGAGAAAAUCGACAGAACGAUCGUGAUCGCUUCCGCCCUAUUAGCUAAUCCCCGCUGCUCCAAACGUGAGCUCCUGUCUGUUCUCGGCCAUCUGAAUUUCGCGAUGAGAAUAAUUCCGCAAGGCAGCCCGUUCGAAUCACACCUCCUUUAUCUCACGUCCUCCACACACGCUCUAGAGGACACGUUAUCCAUAUCCAGCCCCUGCCUUGACGAACUGAGCUUAUGGAUAAAAUUCCUCAGACAAUGGAACGGCUUGUCUUUUUUCUACAGUGACAUGGCCUCCUCCCCCGCCGAUAUUCACCUGUUCACAGACGCUGCCCCUUCCACCGGUUUCGGAGGCUUUUACCAAGGCCGUUGGUUUGCAUCCACUUGGCCCCCCCAGCUUUUAGAGAUUCCGCAGGCUUUAGCAUCUUCAGCACUUUUCGAGCUGUAUCCACUGGUCGUCGCAGCAUCCCUAUGGGGGAAAGAGUGGUCGGCUUCUAGUAUAAUCGUACAUUGUGAUAACGAGGCAACUGUUCAUUGUAUUAACAAAGGCCGCUCCCACUCCCCCGCUUUAAUGCCGUUCCUCAGACGCCUCAUCUGGAUCUCAGCCUGUGACCAGUUCAUUCUAACUGCCAAACACAUUCCUGGUUCAAAAAAUCAGAUUGCUGAUGCCCUUUCUCGUUUUGCCUUCCAGAAGUUCAGGCUGCUGGCGCCCGAAGCAGAUCCCUUGCCAACACCGGUACCUCCCUAUUCGGAGCUGAUAUUCCGGUAAACCACCCCCUAAAAACCCUCCUCGAUGCCUCUCUAAACUCCAUCACCCAAGCCGUUUCCCUUAGGACCCUCCAAUCUUAUCUCACUGCAUGGAAAAGCUUCAAGUCUUUUCACCAGGCGUUCAACAUUCCCUUUCCCGAUUUUUCCGUCCUCACCAUCACCUCCUUCAUCUCCUUCCUAAACUCUUCAAAGAACCUCCAAGCCAGCUCAAUUAAAGGUUACAUGAGUGGAGUCCAGUUCUUCCACAAGCUCAUAUUCAACUCUCCAUCUGCAGCCAUAGCCAGCUCCCAAACUUCUAUGCUCAUCAAGGGCAUUCAAAGAACCAAGCCCGCUCGCCCAGACGCCAGACAA